AUGAUUUGGCAAUCAUCUUUCCCAGAGCGUCGCGCCACCUCAUGCCUUUCCAUUCAAGGAUUCUGUCUUGUUGUUUCUUUCUCGACUUCUCUCUCCUUCUCUACUCUUUCAUCCUGCUUUCGCUUUUUUCUGUUGUUGUUUAGUGAACUCCAAGUUUCUCUCUCUCUCUCUUUCUCUCUCUCUCUAUCUAUCUAUCUAUCUAUCUCUCUCUCUCUCUCUCUCUCUCUCUUUUGUUCCUGUUUUUUUGGGGUAUUUUUUUGUAUUUUUUGGCUUCUUUCUUUCUUUCUUCUUUUUAUAGAAAUUCUUAUAAUUUCUUUCUAUUUGACUCUUUUUCUAUUUCAUUCUUUUUCUUCGGUUCUUUCCCACUUUGCCUUUCUUUCUCCAAUUGAUUGUUGUCUCCCUCUUUGUCUUUCUUCUCCAUCGCUGUCUUCUUCUUUGAUGAUUCCCACUUCCUCUUUCUUUAUCUUCGUUGUCUCCUACUUUCUCUUUCGUCUUCUUCGCUGUCUCCCAAUUUCUCUUUCUUUUUUCCGCAUUGUCUCCCAUUUUCUUUUUCUUCUUCUUUGUCCCCCACUUUCUCUAUCUUCUUCCUUGUCUUCCACUUUGUUGUUGUUCUUCUUCUUCUUCUCCUUCUCCUUCUUCUUCUUCUUCUCCUUCUUCUUCUUCUUCUUCUUCUUCUUCUUCUUCUUCUUUAUUUCACACUUUGUUCUUCUUCUUUGGUGUCUCAUACUUUCUCUUUCUUCUUCUUCGUUAUCUGCGACUUUGUCUUUCUUUUUCGUUGUCUCCUACUUUGACUUUCUUCUUUUUUGGUGUCUCGCACGUUUUCCUUUUCUUUUUUUUUUCUUCGUUCUCUUACACUUUCUCUUUCUUCUUCGUUAUAUUCCCAUUUCCUUUUCUUCUUCUUCGUUAUCUCCCACUUUCUUUUUCUUUGUUGCCUCCCACUGUGUUUUUCGUCUUAACUUCAUCAUCUUCUUUAUUUCCCUUCUUAUCUUCUUCUUUUAUCCUUCUUCUGGUCUUUCUUUUAUUCUCUCUAUCCUUUCCCCGUCUUCGCCGUCCUCCUCUUUCUCAUUUUCUUCAUUUAAUUUUUUUUUUUCUUCACUUUCCAAUGUUGCUCUUUCUUCUUCUUCUUCUUCUUCUUCUUCUUCUUCUUCUUCUUCUUCUAUUUCUUCUUCUAUUUCUUCUUCUUCUAUUUCUUCUUCUUCUUCUUCUUUAUUUUUGACCUCUUUACAAUUAUGUUCCCAUCAUUUGCUCGGUUAUUUUCAUCAUUCUUCUUCUGAAUUCCCCUUUUUUCUUUACUUUUAUUCGUCUAUAUUUCGCUUUCUUCGCCCCUUCCUCUUGUUUUUCAUGCUCUUCUUUAUCACCUUCUUCUUCGACGUCAUCGUCGUCAACGACUUGAUAUAUUUUUCUGAUUUGUGGCUUCUUUGUCUUUCCUUCAUCUUCAUCUCUGUCUUCUCUCAGUUUCUUUUCUCUUCAUUCUUUCGCAUCUAUGUCGUUGUUUUCUUUUCUUCCUUUUCUCCUUCUUCGUAA